UGGUGUCAAAACUGCUCUUCUCACGCAUUCGAGCUGCCAGUUCACGCGUGAACUCACUCGAGCAGUUUUGACACUCGAGGAACGCGCGCGUUGUCGAUGAUCGAUUAAUUUCUCCAAACCUUGACGCGCGUGCAUUUGUCAAAAUGCACUGCGCGAUAAUAAAGGAAAACAAAUAAAAUACGCUGUUGUGAUUCAUACGCUAGAUAGCAAUUAAUUGAAUGUUCGCAAAUUCAUGAAAUAGAAAUGCAUACGUAUAGUGUUCCGGUGGUGAAACACGACAUUCGCCAUGAAGAAAUGAUCCUCGAUGCAAUUAACGCGUUCGAAUUGCUCAACCAAGUGGUAGAAGACGUUUUUGGAAAGAUUAAUGCACGUAUCUCGCAAAACCGGGAACGACUGAAGGCACUCGAUGUACGCGUGGAAAAGGUAAACGCCGAUGUGCGAAGGCUGCACGAGACGAAGCAAGCGAUCAUCAUUUAUUCGCCCAGCCGGUACCCGGCAAGUGAUAUGGAAUCGGUCAUCGAGCCGACCUUCUCCGCUACCAAUAGAAUCUUAUUUCCGAAGCUUUUCUUCAACCUGAAGGACAAACCGUAUCUACCGUCCCAUUCGUUGCAAGAAAAGAUUCAAUUCUAUCACGUGAAAUCGGCACGCGAAAAUGAGCGCAUCUUUCCGUUCGAUUCUGCGGCUAGCCGAGCUGGCAGUAUGCGCGGACGAGAGUUAGGACCGUUUUUAGACACAUUGCUUCUGUUUAAUGAGCCGUCGUAUGUGCAGGAGUACAAGGGACAAGAUUGGAAGCGAUCGGUACGGAAGAACUCAUCGCAUGGUGGAGCAAUACGCGAGGAAAGGGUACUAUCCUCAUCGUCCCCCAUUAUCCGGCAACGGAUGAAGAAGAAAAGUCAGGACAUCUUCUACACGCCUUCGCUGAGCGAUGCCCCGAAGCUGGAUGUACCGAUCGAUUUGCCGGAUCUACCGGGUAUUGUGAGCAAUAUUAACUAUGUUGGUAAUAGUACGUUGAUCGCACCAUCACUCCAGUUGGCCGGAAUUAUCGAGCAAUUACCCUCCCUCGAGGAUCUCACCAGUGCCAUUGAUGUGGCUGAUCAUUCCAAAGAAAAAAUCACCGAUAGCUCGUCAGCACCGGUGCAGCCUGCCACGCGUGGUACAUCUGAUCCCAUGCCACCGCCAACCAUAUCCAUGGCUUCUCCACCUCCUCCUCCGCCACCGCCACCACCUCCUCCUCCACCACUACCACCAGCAAUUGCGGUCACGGAAGCAUCAGCCUCCAAAAUCGAGCCGGAAACGAAACCAACAUCAACGAAACAAAAGGAUACACCUUCAACAUCGUCUGGUAAUGCUCAUUUUAAUCUAAUGGAAGCAAUCCGACGUGCCGGUGGUGCGGAGAAAGCUAAUCUGCGGCAUAGUGAAUCUUCCGCCAGGCGCGAAAACACCGCGGCCGGUCGCAGUGAAACAUCGGAACCGAAAAGUCUAAUCGAUGAUCUGCAUAACAAGCUGCAGAUGCGACGGAAGGGUAUAUCGGGCACACGUCAGGAAGCACAGGAACCGGGCAACGUGAUAGAUCGGCUGUCCGCAUUGAUUCCACCACCGGCGCCGAAACUCGCCGCAGACGCAUCGGCUAGCGAGAGUAACGAAGAAGACUGGGAGUAAGCGAAAGUGUCCUUUACGUUUAUUAUGAUUAAUCUACAUUGUUACAAAGAAUGUUUCACAUUUCGAAAUGCGAUAGAGAAUCUUUGUUUUUUUUUAGUAAAUAAAGUGAAAAAACACAUGUUA